AUGUGGAGAACAUCCGAGUUUACUGUGUUACAAACCGUUGGAUUGGAUGCUGCAGUGCUUCUCAGUUUCUUCAAGAUGUCGUUUUAUUUGUUUUCUGUUUGCUCGUUAGUUGCGAUUGGUGUUAUAAUGCCUAUGAAUUAUGUUCUCAACGGAAAACCAUCGGGUGAUCCUGAUGAUGACGGAGAAUGGCUCUCCAUGUUUGAACUUUUGACGGUUCCCCCAACAAAUACGAUACCUUCAGCGUCAUUUAUCCCUAAAAAGCCACAAGACCGAUCUUGGCUUGACCUGGUUUCCGACGCCUCUUCUCACCUGACUGUUCACCUAUUACUCACGUAUCUAUUCACUGCACUCACUCUUCGAUUCUGUGCUCGGGCCGUAAACUCUCUGGAUGCUCUACUGGCUAAACGAACGGAUGCACUGCUCAAACUUGAAAAUGCUUGGACAGAUUAUGUCGGAAACCCUUCGAUCGUGGAAUCUUAUGAUCCCUCCCUCAAUGUUCGCGGAGACGCCGUCUCGUCCCGAGUUGCCAAUGAAGAUGGCGGUGAGAGCGGAGGCCUCCCUCGCUUAGUUGUGCCUCAUCGGCCCCGGCCAACUCUGCGUCCGUCGUGGUUUGGUCGCCAAGUAGAUGCCUUGGAAUGGUUAGAGUCCAGGUUCAGAGAGGCCGAUGAAAUCGUCAGGCGCAAGCGGCGUUUGGGAAAAUUCGAUGCGACGGACGUUGCGUUUGUCACCUUUGAGGAGAUGGCCAGUGCGCAAAUUGCUGCGCAAGUUGAGCACAACCUUCCUUCAACGCAUAUUCGCACCGCACCUGCACCCGAACCCAGGGAUAUAUAUUGGCCAAAUGUGACUCUUUCUCCGAGGGAUAUGGACCCCCGAAUCCAAGCAUUGGUUCAGAACUCGUUGCCGAGUUUCUCCGUGACAGCUCUAAAUUCACUACUCCCUUUCCUUCUCGAAGCCUUGUCGUAUUUACAGGGAAAUAAGGCUAGAAGCUGGGCUGAGUAUGCAUUGUUGAAAAAAUACUUCCUGUUCCUUCUCAUUAACGUAGUCUUUAUCUUUUUGCUCGCCUCCACAUACUGGGCCCUUGUCCGGGAUCUUGCGAAUGCAAUCAAGGUACCAGAGAAGCUUGCACAGGCCUUGCAAAGAGGUCAGGCUAGACACUUUUUUCUAAGUUAUGUCAUGCUUCAGGCACUUGGUAUUAUGCCACUCCAAUUGCUGAAUAUCGGAAUCAUCGUCCCUCGAGUGAUUUACCAGUUGUUCACGAAAACACCGCGUGAUUAUGCAGAGUUAAAUGCGCCUCCAAUGAUAAACUAUGGCGUCGUAUAUCCUCUCGCUAUCCUCGUUUUUGUCAUCACCAUCAUUUAUAGUAUCAUCCAACCUCUGAUUCUCAUUUUUGGAGCCGUCUACUUCGGAAUGGCAUAUCUUGUUUACAAAUACAAGCUUAUGUUUGUAUUCUACAAACCUGCCGAGUCCCGAGGAGAGGCUUGGCCAAUCACGUUCCGCCGCCUCAUGUGGGGCCUCACUUUUCCAGAUCUUCAUGACCGGGAUCUUUACCUUGAAACAAUCUUUUGUACUUGCCUCCUUAAUGGCUCCACUUAUCUUCGGAACUCUGUGGUGGACCUGGUGGAUCGACAAGGAAUACGUGCCACUGAGUACCUAUCUCCGGAGGAUGAGCGCACUGACUAUUCUCAACAACCGAUGGCUAAUUGGUACUGGGGGGUUCUUAACACCGGUCGAAGGCGAUAUGGUCAUCCCGUUCUCACAGGCGUUCUCCCGACGCCAUGGCUUCCACUCAAGAAAGGACAAACUCUCGCUAAUUACAUUGAAGCUCAAAGCUCUGAGGGCGGACCUGCAGACAAAGGCGACGCAGUAGUACUCACUCUUCGCAAACGACGUACCAGUCGUCAGCGACGUGAUGCACGACGUUCGUCGCGUGCUCACACACCAGGUGCUUCAUCUGCGCCGAGUGGUCAUACUGAUACGCCUGGGGUCAACGACAACCCAUGGCGAGAAGAUAGUACCGCUUCAGGAUCUGGAAUUCAAUCGGCAAAUGGAUCACAAAACCCGCACAAGCUUGUUUAUGACCACGCUACUGGCGUCAUUAUGCUACCCGAGGACUCUGACUGGAUGGGUGAGGAUGAAUCGAGUGCGGAUGAGGGUCCUGGACCACUACCGACGGAAACGCUAGCUUCUCCGAGAGACGAAGAGAGCCUUCCAACUCCAACGCCUCGGUCCCCUCUUUCUCCGAGUGCAAACCAGAACCGGUACUCGACAUACUUUCACCACCCUGAGAGACGCAGAUCCCGGAUGCCAGGUGGAUUUCCGAGGUCGUGA